AUUUAAAAAAGUGACUGUCAUAUGUGGACUGGUAUUUUUCGUGAAUUGUACUAAUUUUUCAUCUCUGAAUCGGGAACUUCAAUACACACUACUUUAUAGUUUACGUACAUUACAUAAUAGAUCGUGUACUACUUGUAAAUUGGAUUCAUAGAAUCAUUUACAUGUAAUAACAUUACAUUAUGAAGUAAAAAUAUGAUCGAUUUUCUUGUCACGAUUGUGGAAAAUGAGAAAUGUGUGCACCGUGUUUCUAUUUUGGGGGUCCGCGUCAUAUCGGAACGUACCAAGUUAUAGAAAUAAUGUUCCUAUUCUUUGAAGCCGCAUAGCCAAAGCGACGAAUAUGAACACGCUUCUGUCGUUUAUAUUAACGCGUUACAACAUCCACAAUAACAUUUUUAGCCAGGAAAGACAAGUUAAGUUUGUUUUAACAAGAGCAACAACGGGGGAAAAAGUGGUACGUUCCUUUUCCACACUCCGGUAGGAAAGAGAGGGAGGGAGGGUCAACAUGGCGUCCGAGCAGGAGAGCGCCAACGGGCCGGUGAAGAAGUCCAUGCGGGAGAAGGCCAUCGAGAGACGCGGCGCCAACAAGGAGCACAACAGCAACUUCCGGGCGGGCUACGUGCCCAUCGAGGAGGAGCGCCUGCACAAGACGGGCCUUCGCGGGCGCAAGGGCAACAUGGCCGUCUGUGUCAUCGUGCUCCUCUUCCUCCUCGCUCUGAUCAACCUCAUCAUCACUCUCGUCAUCUGGACGGUGAUCCGCAUCGGUCCAAACGGGUGCGACAGCAUGGAGUUCCACGAGUCGGGCCUGCUGCGCUUCAAGCAGAAGGCGGACAUGGGCGUGGUUCACCCGCUGCACAAGAGCACCGUUGGGGGCCGUAAGGACCAGGACCUUCGCAUCGUCGGCAACAACAACCCGGUGGUGUUCCAGCAAGGCACCUCCAAGCUCAGCGUGGAAAAGGACAAGACGUCGGUGGUCAGCGACACGGGGAUAUCUUUCACGGACCCGCGCACUCAGACCACCUUCUUCAGCACCGACUAUGAAAACCACGAGUUCCACCUGCCCAAAGGGGUCAAGGUGCUCAGCGUCAAGAAGGCCUCCACGGAAAGGAUCACCAGCAGCGCCGCGUCGGACCUGAACAUCCGCGGGGACGGCAAGGCCAUCAUCCGCGGCAACGAGGGCGUCAACAUCAUGGGCCGCACAGUUGAGUUCAAAAUGGGCGGCGACAUCGAGCUCAGAGCUGAGAACAGCAUCGUGCUGAACGGCUCGGUCAUGUUCAACGCGACGCGCAUCCCGAAUUCGGCGGGCGACGUGUACUUCGACGAGGGCGUGGAGCGCUACAAGCUGUGCAUGUGCGCCGACGGCACGCUGUUCCGCGUGCAGGUUAAAUAUCCCAACAUGGGCUGCCAGACCUCGGACAACCCGUGCCGGAACACCCACCAAGGAUUGUAAAACCUCACCCCCCACCCUUUGGCUCCCCAUCACAAAAAAAAAAAAAAAAAAAAAAACUGUAUUCAUGGUUUACAUGAUCACAGGCGUUUGUAAUCUGCUGCGUUUCAUUUCCAUCCAGUAUUAUUUUUAUCAUUAUUUAUAUUCUAGAGAGUUGCACAGGGACUUAUUUGGCAGCUGUGUGUGUGUGCGCGAUGCGUUUACUGACCACUGAUCAAAUGGGAUUGUAUGCACUGCAGUCGGCGCUCUCAAACUGUCAAUCAUUACAUAUGCGUCACGAGGAGAGAUUUAUAUGGCGUAGAUAGGUUACAGUUGAAGCCAGAAGUUUACAUACGGUGCA